CUUAUCCCAACCGAAGUGAUCUCUUCGAGCGCCAACAGGAAUAGUCUGAGAACAUAUUGCGUGGACAGAUAUAUCAAGUGUACACUGUGGUUAACAGUAGAGCGAUAUUGGGAACUGCCUUUUGAUCAUAAACGUUGAAUUUAUCGAGCAUCAUGUUGGACAAACCUUACAGAAAGACGUUGCCAAACUUGAGAUGAUCACAAACAAAGGCUGGCCUCGCGAUGCAUGAAUAAUUUAGCUAGGUUUACGACGAGUACUUGAUCUAUGUAUCUGAGACCGGGAUUGAAAAUUGUUGAGUAUAGAUGUCUCAAACAGAACGUUUUAUUGAUAUACCUUUUGCUUUGGUGAAGACAUCUGGAUUUAAAUUGAACUGAUCUUAAGUUGUGAUGAUUUAUUCCGCUACAGAAGAUGGAUGUCAACAAAUGUCACGCCUGGCCGAAGAGCACUUUCACACAAGCAGCUGCAGCGAUGGAUCGAUUUUCCUCCUGUGUUCACAUUUAUUUACCAUAUGGUAAAGCUUCUUUGCGAAAGUAAACUACUGCUUAUUAUGACAGAUUCCACUGCAAGUAUUCUGCCUAUCAGGAGUCUACGGUGCACUAGUUGCACAUCAAAGUAAUUGUUAUUAUCUUCGAUCAAGAUAUCGUACCUUGCGAUUGCGAUUAUCGACGAUUAAACCUCAAGGAAUCUACCAAUUUCAUUGUAAUGACUACUACGAUUUGUGCAGAUCACUGAAUUACGAGGAUUUUUUACCCACUCAAAUGAAAUGGAACUGUCGACAUGAUCGAUGAUUCGAUAUUAUGGAUUUAAGUUAGACACUUCUGUAAAGUAUUGCAAGAGUAAAUAAUGUAAUAAUUCUAUCAUCGGGCAGAAAAUUUGGCAAUUAUUCUUACUUCUAUUACCGUAAAAUCAAGGUGGAAAAAUGUACAAAAUGCGUCCAAAGGUUGAUAAGCCUUCCGUUUCGCGUGCAAUCCAUGAGAAAAGAACACAGUCAAUUUUUGGCGCGCUGAGUAAUGGCACGUGACAUGAAAGAGUGACGUGGCUUGUAAGCCCUUCGCUGGGGGUCGUUCGAGAAUUCAAAAGGGCGGCUAUCGCUCUUCGGCGAGCCGGACGGAUCUUUGAAGGAGGAAAGAAUCUGUGAGGAAUCUUUCGCCGUGCAUGGAAACGCAAGGCCAUCCGACAAGUCAAACCUUGCAAAACCCUCUAACGAACCUUAUCGAACGGCCCAGCUCAACUUUACAGUCUGGUCUCACAAACGAACAAAACUCUGGCGAUUCAUUGAAUGGAUUGCGACCAGAGACGAGUCCUGACGGACUCGGGAAGCGAAUAAGGCGUUUAUCUCACAAGUACGACGAUUUUGAACAACAAACAGCGAGAGGUAUGGCUCAGACACCUUCUACCGGGCAAGAUCCCAAAGUUUAUCGAACGACCAACCAAUUGCAGUAUUUGUCGAAAACUAUAAUGAAAGCGAUGUGGAGACAUGCAUAUUCUUGGCCGUUUCACGAACCAGUGGACGCUGUAAAAUUAAAUUUGCCGGAUUAUUACACAAUCAUUAAACAACCAAUGGAUAUGGGUCAGAUAAAGAGAAAGCUCGAAAACCACGAAUAUUCCUGCAGUCAAGAUUGCAUCGAUGAUUUUCGCCUCAUGUUUAACAACUGUAUCACUUACAACAAACCAGGAGAGGAUGUAGUUCUCAUGUGCCAGACAAUGGAGAAAGUUUUUAACCAGAAAGUUGCAACCAUGCCUGCAGAGGAAUUUGAGGUACUUCUAGGACCCAACAAGAAGGCUUUACCCAGUGGACCAGCUGCAAAGAGAGCCAAAAAAGGUGGUGUUCCACCAGUAAAAAUGGAACACAGUCCAGUAGCUCCAGAUAGCACUCCAAUGACAAGCUUGCCGUAUCCCACCCCACCUGUAGCUGUAACAGCCACAACUGCUCUUCCAACUCUAGUUGAUGCUACAACUGUCUUGCCCUCCCCUGCCAUUUCUGCUGCUCCUGCUCUCCCAACAACUGUUCAGCCUGCCAAGGUCAAAAAAGGAGUUAAAAGAAAAGCUGAUACAACGACUCCUACCACACCGAUCAGUGGAAUGGGAGAUUCCUUGCCUCCUGUGAAAGCUAAAGCUGCUAAAAUACCAACCAGGAGAGAAUCCACCAGAACAGUGAAAAAACCAAAUCGAGAUUUACCUGAAGAGCCACAGGUGUCACGAGGUAAAAAGAAACCAUUAUCAGAACAACUCAAAUACUGCAGCAAUAUUAUCAAGGAAUUGUUCUCUAAAAAACACGCAGCAUAUGCAUGGCCAUUUUUCAAGCCUGUUGAUGCAAGUAGUCUUGGAUUGCAUGAUUAUCAUGACAUAAUCAAGCAACCUAUGGAUAUGGGUACAAUCAAGGUGAAAAUGGAAGGAAGAGAGUAUAAUUCGUCCUCUGAAUUUGCAGCUGAUGUGCGACUCAUGUUUAGUAACUGCUAUAGAUACAAUCCACCUGACCAUGAUGUUGUUAAAAUGGCAAGACAAUUACAGGAUGUUUUUGAAAUGAAGUUUGCCAAAAUGCCUGAGGAACCAGAGCUUCCCCCUCCACCUGUUACAGAGCCUACAGAUCCUGAACCAGAGUCUGCAGCAACACCGCCAUCAUCAUCACCACCCUCUGAAGACAAUGAAGCAGACAGAGCUGAGCAGCUCUCACAGCUUCAACAGCAGCUUAUAUCAGUGCAUGAGCAACUAAGCAAACUUACUGGAGAGUCUGUUCUCAUGACAAACAAGACAAAGAAGAAGCCAGAGAAAAAACCUAGUAAAAAGGAAGCCAAACCGCCGGCUGCGCCUCAACCAAAACCCAAGCAGAAAACAGCCAAGGCUGCUAAUGUUACACCAGCCCAACCAAAACCAGAAAAGCCAGCUAAGAAGCAGUCAGCUUCUAAAAGAUCUGCAAACAGCAAGAUUGCUGCUAAAAAGAAAACUUUGGAGAUAGAUACAGAUGAUGAAGAAGACACUGCCAGACCCAUGACCUAUGAUGAAAAACGACAGCUUAGCUUAGAUAUCAACAAGCUUCCAGGAGAUAAGUUGGGAAGAGUUGUGAACAUCAUCCAGUCCAGGGAACCUGGUUUAAGGGAUUCAAACCCAGAUGAAAUUGAAAUAGACUUUGAAACUCUAAAACCUUCGACAUUGAGAGAAUUAGAAAAAUAUGUACAGCAGUGCCUAAGAAAAAAAGUGAAGCCUCCAACAAAGAAAGCUAAAAAUGCUGAAGAGAGAGAAAUGGAGCAAGCAAAAAAGAAAGAAGAGCUUGAAAGACGACUUCAGGACGUAAGUGGCAAGCUAGGAGGUGCAGGGCAAAAGAAACAGGCAAAGAAAGAAUCACAACGGGCAGAUAACUCAGUAGUUGAUGUUGUGGGUAGUGAACCUCGGCCAAAAAGGUUGAGUGAAAGCAGCAGUAGUAGUGGAAGUGGAACAAGCAGUAGUUCUGAUUCAAGUUCAAGCUCUGGGUCUUCUAGUUCAGCCAGCAGCUCUGACUCAGAAUCAGAGUCUGGUGGUAAAGGCCACAAGACUUCUCACAGUACUGGAAAGAACAAGUCUACUGGUCAUACAUCCAAGGCGACACCAACGCCGUCCAAACCAGUAACAAGUCAUGUGACUCAGCCUGUUGCACCAGUCUCCAAGUCUACUCCAGCACCUAAGCCUCAAGAUAAACCUGCUAUUAUUACUGCUGUGUCCACAACUCCCCUGCCUACAACAGUAACAAGCAACCCCCCGCUGGCAACUGUAGCACCACCUAAACCUGUUAGACCAGUCCCUCCCAGUAUUCCACCAGUUGUACCAAAGUCCACAGCAAAACCAGUUGUAUCUACAGUACAGAAGCCUACCUCAACAAGUACCACAGCUCCAAAACAAGUUGUCUCUUCAUUUGCAAGAACUACGGCUAUGACAAAGCCAUCAACACCAUUGGCACCUACCAACACCACACCCACAGCAGUCCUCAAAGAAAAACCACCUACCCCUGUGGCAGAAAAAAGUUUGCCGUCAACUUCACGACCAGGGAGUAGCGGACUAACAUUUACUGUUGGAGAGUUACCAGGUUCACUUGCAUCCAUAGGGCAAAAGAAUGAAAAUCAAUCAACGAAGAAGGAUUCAGCGCCCAAACCCAUACGCCAGGUAACUUCUUGGUCCACCUUGAGCAACACAACUUCAGGAGGAUCUCGAACACUGUCAUCUGCAAGCAGCUUUGAAAAAUUUAAACAACAAGCUAGAGACAAGGAAGAACGGGAGAAAAACUUUAGAGCUGAAGAGGAACAGAGACGUCAACAGAGAGAAAGAGUGGAGCUUGAAAAACUACGGCAAGCUGAGGAAAGAAAAAGGGAAAAGGAAGAAGAUGAAGCUUUAGAAAAAGCAAGGCUAAAUAAGGAACAAGAACAAGCUAAAAAUGCCCAAAAGAUGAAGAUAGAACGCAUGAGAGAGGCUGAACGACGAAGAAGGGAAGCUCUGGCUGGAACAAUUGACAUGAAUCAACAGAGUGACAUAAUGGCAGAAUUUGAGGGAAGCCUGGGCUAAUGUUGGCUGUAUACAGUGCAUCUUGAAAUUGUCCACAGUGACUGUUGUCUGGCAACCAUGAAGAAUUUAUCAGUGCUAUAUCCUUUACUGGUCAAAGAAAGCACAAGACAAGCUGCAAAGAAAGGUGCAUUGUGCCUUCAUUUGAAGUACUAUGAAACCUGAGGAUGCCAGCAGUUCAAGUAACGGCCAAUAGUAGCAUUUGAGAAGAAUAAUGAACUCAAAAAGUUGGAGCAAAUGAACAAUUUUUAUCUUAUUUAUAGCUUUUAUAUGUUGCUUAUGGCAAUGAUCAUAACAAAAGACUUUUCUAACUCCAAUUUAAAUAAUUAUUAGUUCUGCUAAAUAAUUGAUACAAUAGUAUCGGACAAUUCAGUUGUGAUUUACUGAAGGAAACAAAUCACUUUCCCCACAUUUUUGACUACAUUGAGAUUGGAAAGACUAACUAGUACUAUUAUCUGUACAAGAAGGACAUGUCUCUCUAGAAAAUACAGGAAUGAUGUAGUAUUCUUUAUCAUAAAGAUGCCUCUUUUUUGCAAGAGAUAAGAAUGUUGCAUAUUGACAGUAAUUUAAGAUAUCUGGAUAACAUGUUAGUCAAAGCUAUUUCUUGUUACAUUUGAUGUUACAUGAAUGAAGAGAAUUGCAGGUCUUGAAUGUUAAAUUUUUGUUGAAAAAAAAAAAAAAUUGCGUUACCCUAGUGUGGAGAACCUUUCAAUUUUGGUUGAGGUCAAGGUUUGGUUAGGUCUUGUCUGGACAGUUUAGCAAGUUCUUGUUGGGCUUAAGGAAACUCCUUGUUUUCAAAUUGUAGUGGGCACCGUUUCAAUUUUUCCUUUUGAUGAACAACUUUUCCUUUCUUUCUGUAUAUAAUUCAGUAUUGUUGAAAUCUGGCAGAAUUACAUACUUAAAGAAAAUCUCUUUAUAAUUGGAAGAAAAAAUUGUCUCCUUCAAUAGACACCAUUUUUUAUUAAACUGAAGUUGCAGGUUGAAAGACCAGUAAAAACAAAUGAAAAUUUUAAAAAAAUCAGGAAAUUCACAUUGAAAACUAAGAAAAAAAAUUGAGAAAAAUACAACACAAAGACAAAAAGAUUAGAAAAUUAAUGAGUUCUCAUUAUUAUCAUUCUUUGAACCUAAAUAAGCUUCUAUUGGAAUUGCAGUAUGUGAUGGCUGUAGUUGUGCUUGUACACUUAUGCUUCACUAAUGAGUAACAAAUAAAAACUGAAAACCUCAGAAAAAAAAAACAAAUAAAGAGAAAAAACAGGGAGACAGUUUGAUGUAA